AUGGAUUACUGGGACCUAGAUUCCUAUUUUGCUGACAAGAGUUCCUUUACAGAAAAUAUUAGUACAUUUCAUUUUACUUCUGCUACUAGUAGCCUGUCACGGCAGGGUAAAGACAAAGGGAAAACCUUCAGUGGUCACUUUACAAAGCCUGUUGGAAAAUUCCAAACUCCUUUGACUGGAUAUUCAGUUACUUCAUCAUCUGCAUUGUCUGCUCCGGCUGCUGCCUCAGUUAUGGUGGCUGUAGUGGAAGGAAGAGGACUUGCUAAAGGCGAAAUAGGAAUUGCUAGUAUUGAUUUAAAAAACCCAGAGGUCAUAUUGUCCCAGUUUUCAGACAAUACCAUAUAUGUCAAGGUAAUUACGAAACUCCAGAUUUUGGCACCUCUGGAAAUUUUAAUGUCGAAUACUGCAUGUGAUGGAGGCAGUUCAACAAAACUAUUCAAUCUAAUAACAGAAAACUUUAAGAACGUGUCAUUUACUACUGUACAAAGGAAAUACUUCAAUGAAACAAAAGGUUUGGAAUACAUUGAACAAUUAUGUGUACCAGAAUUCAGUGCCGUUGUAAUGGAAGUUCAGUCCAAAUACUACUGCUUAGCUGCUGUUGCUGCUUUACUCAAAUAUGUAGAAUUUACUCAGAAUUCAGUAUAUGCUCCAAAAUCUCUCAAGUUUCGAUUCCAAGGGAGUGAACAAACGGCAAUGAUAGACUCAAAAUCUGCACAAGACCUUGAAUUGUUAGUCAACAACAGAGAUUCCAGGAAUGGUCAUACGCUUUAUGGAGUUCUGAAUUACACUAAAACUCCUGGUGGGAGCCGUAAACUUCGGUCAAAUGUACUCGAGCCACUUAUUGACCUUGAAACCAUUAAUACAAGAUUGGACUGUGUCCAAGAAUUUCUGGACGAAGAAGAACUAUUUUUUAGCUUGCAGUCAGUUCUUUCUAGGUUUUUGGACACGGAACAUCUCCUUUCCAAUAUUAUUCAAAUUCCCAAGCAGGACACUGAUAAAGCUGCAGAUGCAAAAAUAACCUAUUUAAUUGCCCUUAAACAUACUUUGGAACUAGUGGAGCCCUUAAAGGCAAAACUGAAGAAUUGUCAGAGACCCCUUCUCAAAGCUUACUAUGCUUCGCUAGAAGAUCAUAGGUUUGGCCUUAUACUUGAUAAAAUUAAAACGGUUAUUAAUGAUGACACCAGGCACACCAAAGGAUGCCUGAACAUGAGAACUCAGAAAUGUUAUGCCGUUAAACCAAAUAUUAAUGAGUUUCUUGAUAUUGCGCGGAGGACAUAUGCUGAAAUUGUUGAUGAUAUUGCCGGGAUGAUAUCUCAACUAUCUGAGAAGCACAACCUGCCACUGAAAACAAGCUUUAGUACCACCAGGGGAUUUUUCAUCCAAAUGAGCAUUGAUGGAACUGGGUUGACUGCCCCUCAACUUCCUGCAGAAUUUAUGAAGGUGACCCAUGUGAAAAAUAGUUAUAGUUUUACAACAUCAGACUUGAUUAAAAUGAAUGAAAGAUGCAAAGAAUCUCUCAGGGAAAUCUAUCAUAUGUCAUAUUUAAUAGUGUGUAAACUGCUAAGUGAAAUCUAUGAACACAUUCAUUGCCUUUAUAAGUUGUCGGACACAGUCUCUAUGUUGGACAUGCUACUUGCUUUUGCACAUGCGUGCACACUUUCUGAUUAUGUUCGUCCUGAAUUCACAGAUACAAUAGCAAUUAAACAAGGGUGGCAUCCAAUACUGGAAAAGAUAUCACUAGCAAAGCCAGUUCCCAAUGACACUUUUAUAACAGAAGGAAGUAACUUCGUUAUCAUCACAGGACCAAAUAUGAGUGGGAAAUCAACAUAUCUGAAACAGAUUGCGCUUUGUCAGAUUAUGGCACAAAUUGGAUCAUAUGUUCCAGCUGAAUAUGCAUCAUUUAGAAUUGCUGAACAGAUAUUUACUAGAAUUGGGAUGGACGAUGAUUUUGAAACAAAUUCAUCCACAUUUAUGAAAGAGAUGAAGGAGGCAACAUACAUAAUACAAAAUGCAAACAACAAAUCUCUCAUUAUAAUUGAUGAGUUAGGACGAGGUACCAGUACAGAAGAAGGGAUCGGUAUAUGUUUUGCUGUUUGUGAAUAUAUUCUGGGAUUAAAGGCAUUUACACUUUUUGCUACACAUUUCCUCGAGCUGUGUCAUCUUGGAACAAUAUAUCCCAAUGUUGAAAAUAAUCACUUUGAAGUUCAGCAUUUAAAAACAAAAAGUGGAAACAGAGAAUCCCUCUCCUAUACCUAUUUACUUUCAAAGGGGCCCACAAAGGAAAAGAAUUAUGGUUUGAAAGCAGCAGAACUUUCUUCCUUGACAAUGUCCAUUCUAAAGGAUGCAAAAGAAAUCUCAUCUCAAGUAGCAAAUAAGCUUUUGCCAAAGCAGAAACAUAGUCCAGAAAGCUUAAAACAGACAGCAAUAUAUCAUCUGAAAGCAAGAUUGGUCCAGGCUGCUAAAAACUCCUGUUUGGAUCCGGAGAGUUUGCGAACAUACCUGACCCGUCUUAAAAAGAAUUAUGAGGAUUGUUUAACUGCAGAAAGGACAUAA